AUGAAGCACACGGAGAACAAGCCGUCGGCUGUCGCCGUGUAUCCGCACGCUGCUCAGCACAGCAUCGAAACUGCGAGGGUACAGGCAGCAAGUGCGGACCGUGUGCUGCUUCGCAAUCCAUGCCAAGAAGCGCUCGAGACCCAGGCCAUAUCCUCCGUGCGGCGAUGUGCCAUACUUCCUCUGGUCAAGGUACCAAUAGUACGGCGCCGGGUCGAUACCCUCUCUCUUGAACGCCGCCAUCAGAUCCUCGUAGCCCUCCAUCCUCAUCGAACCACCCACGAUUUCACCAACACCGGGCAUGAGCACGUCGACACUCUCGGUCACCCGGAGGUCGUUGGGGUCUUUCUUCAUGUAGAAGGCCUUGAUCUCGACGGGGAAGUGCGUGAGGAGUAUCGGCCUGUUGAUGAUGUCGGUCAUCCUGCGUUCGGCAGCCUCGGCGAUAUCGUCGCCAAACACGUGCGGGUGACCCUCCUCGUUGAGGAUAGGCGGAUCUUGGGCGUUGAGCCAAUCAAUGGCAUCGCUGUACUUCAUCCUCAUGAAGGGUCUGGAGGGCUUGACGAAGUCAGGGUUGAGAGCCUUGACGUGGCGUGCAACCUCGGGGUUGUCGAGAACGCUGUCGACAACACGGCAAAUGACCUCCUCGAUGUGGACAAGAAGGUCCUCAAAGUUGAUACCGUCCAGCUCACCCUCCACGUACGUGGUCUGGUCACCACGGAGAACCAGGUGCCUGUUGUCAAGCAUGUCCGACUCCCAAAUAUCCUGCGACCACGAGACCUUGUUGGCAAUGGCAUCAGCGUCACCGGGUGCGCGACCCGUGACUUCGUAAUAGUCGACCUGCAGCUCGCGGCCGUCGGGCGCGUUCUUGCCGUCCAGAACCUUGCGGAGCUCGCCAUAGACGAAGAGGGCUGUGCCCUGAGCGAACAACAAAGCCUCGUACGUCUUGGUGAGGUCGCCAGAAAGAAUGCACUGCAGCUGAUCCGGGCCGCUCUUGAGCGUCAGGAAGGUGGCGUGCUUCUGGACACGCAGGUGGUGGAUGCGGCCAAACACUUUGACCCUCGGGCCCUUGUUGUCACCCUCACCCAGCUCCAUGUCCUUCUGCCACAGCUCGACCCGGGUCGCAGGCGGAAGCGAGGGAUCCUCGACGAUCUUAAUGUUCUUGGCGUCCUCGAGGUUCUUGAGGCGCUUCUGGCGCAGCUCCUCCUCGGCGGCGGCGGCCUGAUCUGCCUUGAGCAGCUUCUUCUUGUGUGCGUCCAACAUCGACUGGGCCUUCUUGACGGCACUCUUGGCCGGCUCCUUCCAGAUCAGGCGGGUCGAGGGCUCUUCGUCAGGACCCAGGGUGCCCGUCGUAGAGGCCCGGAUCUGGUACGUCUUAGUGGGGAGACCAUGGUUGCGGAUGUAGGCGUAGCCAAGGGACUUAUAGGGCUUCUGCUCGGAGCCGUCAGCCUCGUCUCCGUCAACGCCCACAUCAGUGUCGACGUAGACCUUGUCUUCGGUCUUGGUCCUAUCGGCGAGCUCCUGCAAUGCAGCCAUUGCGAUGGAGCUGGGAAUGAGGGGUUUUGGUUGCAGUAA